CAAACAAUAGUUUUUCACCGGUACCCCGUUUCUCUCCGAACGAAAGCAAGGCUUGAAGGAAUAAGACGAUUGUAAUUGUUUACUACUUCAUCAUUUCACUCUAUAAAUCUAUGAUUCUAAACUGAUACUGUCUAUGACAUUUACAGUUUUGGUGAAAAUCGGAUGAAAUUCCUCUGUCGGUGUAUUAAUUUGAACUUUUGAAGCAUAUAUAAGAGACACUAAAAAAUUCAGCUGCUUUUAUCGGAUUGCUGAACAUCUUACCAGCCGAGCCCGCUGGCGUGGGUAUCGUACAGUAAACCCUGUAGAUCUAGCUGAACUCAACCAGGGAAAGAUGCCGUAUCAGAAAGUACCAAAGAAAACGCAACCUCUGUGGCAUGAUUGGGACUAUAAGGCACAGAAAAAAGGUGUCCGGAGUACAGUGUAUUCUGUAAAUGGAGAUGAAUAUACAGGAGAAUGGCUUGACAACAAAAAACAUGGCAAAGGAACGUACAAGUGGAAGAAGUCAGGAGCUUUAUAUGAUGGAGAUUGGAAGUUUGGAAAGAGGAAUGGGUUUGGAACAUUAAGUACCCCCAUGGAGGGAGGAGGCUACAAAAGAAUCUACUCUGGUGGCUGGAAAAAUGAUAAACGACAUGGUUAUGGAACAAAUUUUUACUCAGCAGAAGAGUACUAUGAAGGAGAAUGGUAUGCUGAUAAGCGCAGUGGGUGGGGUAGGAUGUACUUUGCUGAUGGAAGCACAUAUGAAGGAGAGUGGUACAAUGAUGAGAGGAAUGGACAGGGCAUGCUCAGAUUAGCGACAGAGAAUCGUUACGAGGGCAUGUGGAAGGAUCACAAGAAGAAUGGACCAGGGAAGUUCUUUUACUUGGACAAAGGUCAGGUCUAUGAGGGUGUCUGGGUCAAUGACAUUGCCAAGUGUGGCACCAUGGUAGACUUUGGCAGAGAGGGAGCUCCAGACCCAACUCAGUAUCCCAUUCCAGAGAUCAAACUCGCAGAUGCAAAUGGCGUACUCCAAGAAGCAGAAGAUAUGUUUUUACCCGACAGUGAUUGAGGAUG